CCCGGCAGGCCGAGGCCGGGUCCUUUGGUUCCGGUUCCAGAGUCCGGACCCAGGCCCAGAGCUGGGAGCGCUGCCGUGCGCCAGCAGAUACAGCAUAUGGUCUGUUUAAAGUAAAGAUGUCUUUAAAUCCAUCUACAUUUUUGAACCAAGAAAGGGAUCAGAAAUUAAAAAGAAAUUUUGAAUGUUUGAAAAAUUCACAACAACAGACUACUUCAUCACUUCAAGAUAACCCACUUCAGAAUUUACAGUUAGCAUCCUGGGAAGUUCUUGAAAAGGCCCAAAAAAGUGGGAGAUCAAAGUGCCCAAGAUGUGGUAGUUCAAGGAUGUUUUAUUGUUAUUCAUGUUAUGUUCCAGUUGAAACUGUGCCUACCAAAGAAAUUCCAGUUGUGAAGCUUCCCUUGAAGAUUGAUGUAAUUAAACACCCAAAUGAAACUGAUGGCAAAAGCACUGCUGUUCAUGCUAAACUCCUAGCACCUGAAGAUGUGACCAUUUAUACAUAUCCUUGCAUUCCGGACUAUGAAGAAAAAAGACAUGAAAUUGCACUUAUCUUUCCUGGUCCUAACUCAAUUUCGGUAAAAGAUAUUAUUCUCCACCUGGAAAAAAAUGUUGAGAAAACUGUUAGUUGUGGCAGUGAUGAUGAUUCUUCAUCAGAGCCAUUUCUCAAGAAGGCAAAAAUAGAAACAAAAGAAGAUCGAAACCUAAGUGAAUGCAAAUCAAACAGCAGGAGUGAAGACACUGUACUGAAGAGAGUAAUAUUUAUUGACAGUACUUGGAAUCAAACCAACAAAAUAAUCACCGAUGAGCGACUUCAAGGGUUACUACAAAUUGAGUUGAAAACAAGGAAAACUUGCUUUUGGCGUCAGCAGAAAGGAAAGCCAGAUACGUAUCUUUCUACAAUUGAAGCCAUUUAUUAUUUUCUUGUGGAUUAUCACCAGGAGGUUUUAAAAGAGAGCUACAAAGGACACUAUGACAACUUGCUUUUUUUCUUUUCAUUUAUGUACACAUUGAUAAAAAACGCCAAGAAUUCUGCAGGAAAAGAAUAAGCCAAGACAUCUGUUUGUUCUUUCUUUAAUUAUGAUAAAGUGUAAUAAGAUAAUUUUUUGUCAAAAUGACAUUUGAGAGUUCAAUAAUAAAACCGUGUAUUGCACUCUG